UGGGUGGUCCUCAUCAUCCUCUCUUGAGAACCGAGGACACUAAUUAAGUCUAGAUUGAAAUCAACCAAAUUCCUUGGAGAAGUCAACUUGAUAUCACUCCCCAUCUAUGACACGUGGAGAUUUAUAACGACACACAAUUGAGCGCAGUACCUACCAUGUUAUGCUGAGCAGACUUAUACCAUGGAUCAAUGCUACAGCCUUGCUUUAAUUACAAACCAACCUUUGGCUACAUGAUUGGGACAACAGUUUAUUGUAUUGGAGAAAUUGUUAUCUUCCUUUCAGUAGCAUCAGUAACAGCAUUAAAUCAUCAUGAGCAAGGAACUGAAGGGUGUAUUUGAGGAGUAUGCUGCAUUCGGACGGCCAGGACAGACUAAAGACAUCACUAGUAAGAACUUCUCUAAGAUGGUCAAAGAGAAAGGAUUACUAGACAAGAAGCUGAAUACUACAGAGGUGGAUAUGAUAUUCACAAGAGCAAAGGGUGGCCCAGGGAACAAAGUGUUGACCUAUGCCCAGUUUGAAAAUGCUCUGAAGAUGUGCGCCAAAUCUAAACUUGGUAGUGAUUCGGAAGAGAAUUAUGACAAGAUCAAAGCCAAGAUUUGUGCUGGUUCUGGCCCAUCCACUUCAGGAACUACAGGAGUAUCUAAAACUGGAGGUGUUGCAAAGAUGACUGAUGCUUCAAAGUACACUGGAUCUCAUAAAGAACGAUUUGAUGAAUCUGGGAAAGGGAAGGGUAUAUCAGGACGUAAGGAUCUGACUGAUGGCUCUGGCUAUGUAGGAGCCUAUAAGGGCAAGGAUACAUUUGAUAAGACACACUAAACAUCUUAUAACCAAGGGCUGACUGAAUGACUCAGUGGGCUACUGUUUAGUAUAACACCUUACCUUAGUGAUGACUACUCUACAAGUCCAGUAAUAUUCAUCAGGAAUGGAAGAUUGCCUGAUGGUGAGAGCAUUACAUGUGUAUCAGCUCAAUGUAAUGGCAUGGAUAGCUGCAACAAGGGUGCUUCAACAAGACUGGGGAAACUUCUUCAUUUCACUGCAGUUGUUUAUAUUUCAACUAAUCAUCACUAAUGCCACGAACUGACAAUCACACCUAAUGUACUAAUAAAAACUAAUAAUCAAUGGAAAUGGCUGAGACAAUACUAUUCUUCAAAGUUUUUCAACUAGUUAUAGUGGACACUUGAUGCUUUGCACUUGAUAACAAUUCUGUUUUUUUAUGUUUUUUGUCCUAAAUUUAUAAGCAAUAAAGUGUAAAAGGUUUGUUUUAGUUUGUUAAACCCAAAAGCGAAACAGACAAUUUAAGUUUUCACAAAUUGUUCUACAACACAACUUGUGUGUCACUUCAGAAAAACAGAGGUCUGUGAGUGCACAAGGUUUGUGUAUUAGUUCAUGAACAAGGUUUUUUUCUCUACAUUAAUUGUGUGCCUUGCAUUACCUUAGUCAGGUUGUGAAAAUGGAAAUUAUCACUCAAGUGCAAAUAUUGCACUAUACAGUUAGCAUGUUAAACAAGCAAAGCUCUUGAACCUUUGAAUCUUCAAGAAUUUAAAGGCCUUGACAAAUAUUGUUAAAACAAUGUUUAAAAAACCUGAAACACUACUGCAAGGUGGUUUUGUACACGGGAUGUCAGUUCAUGGCGUCAGUGACAAAUUGACUGAUCAGGUUAUCAAGUGAGGUUCUGUGGUUCAGAACAGACUCUACUCAAAAGAGAUUUACACGUGGUGCUACCACAAACCUCACUUGAUUAUACUCUCACCAUGCAGAGUCUCGAAUCCUACUCAUCUGAUUAUGAUGCAGUUACUGAAAAUGUACACAAUAUUUUUCCCCAUUUCAGCCAAUGCUCCCUCAUGCAUGGAAUUCUUCAUGGCACAUGGACACACUAUCGUAUUCUUGACUAGGCAUUGUGAAACAUUUACCCAGCAUAAAUUACACUAUUUUUACAAACUGAUGUCCAAGGGUAAAAAUAAUCUAAGAAAUAAGAUGUGAUGGGAAUUGAAUGUCUACCCGGUUGACGUGAUAAAGAAAAAGCCUGAUUUGAAAGCUCUUCAGCAGAUGAGGUUUCUAUCUAAUGCAAUGUAGUGUGUAGGGCAUGUACACUUAUGUCAUCCUUCUCAAUAUCAGAGCUUUGUGAAAUAAAUCGAGACUAGUAGGCAUUUGCUGACAGUGCUUCAUCCAUUCAACUAUCACUUGUCUCAUACUAUUAUCUCAAUACAGUGCAGUGGGAUGCAAUACUGUGUACAUGAACAUCUGUAUUUGCAAGUGUGCAUUUUAAGGACCAAAGAUGUGAUUUAAUCCAAAGAAAUGUUUUCCUGGUAUUGUGUUAUAACUUGAGACCAAGUUCUUUGAAAACAAUGAAGUGGAUUUGUUUUAGAAUAGUUUUGAUUGACUAGUUUGUGUGUUUUGAAGUGCGUGUGUAAUACAUAUACCCCUAGCAACAUCUAGCCUUAUAUAUGCUGAGUCUGUUUUCUGAAGUUCCUUCAUUCACCCAGCCUAGCAAUUUCAUUGGUUUCUGUUCCAUGAAACAGGAUUUAGUUGUUGUUUUUGAGUUAACACUGCAUCUGGGAUAAAGAAUAUUGUUUGGUUUUACCCAUAGCAUACAUGUACUGAUGUGUGUAGAGCACUGUUAUACUUGAUACUUUACAGAGGCCUGUUUUUGCUGUAAAAAGCAAGUACCUUCUUGUAUAUUCUUUGACCCUUUUUGUCAUCAAACUAAAUCAACAACAAACUAUGCUUAGCCUGAUCUGGAUAUGGUGACCAGUAAGCCAAUCUUAUCAGUUUACAAAGGUGUGGUUGUUUGUUUCUGUGCGCUUAAUGAGUCUUGAACAUGACUGGUUCCAAGGAGGUAUACAAGAAUCAGGAACAAACUUCCAGUGUAUGUCACUCCUGAAUCUUGGUGUCGGAGUUAGCAAUUGUAAUUCACAAUUUCUGAUAUUUGACAUAAUUACUUCACAUUACCUAGUGGUUGUUGUAAAGUCUUAAACAACUUUUACUCAUAGUUUCCAUACUUUGAAAAUGAUGUGUAAAAUGUAAGGUAUGUUUUAAUGUGUUAGUAACAAUGAACACUUGAGUGGUUACAUGCCAUCAUUUGCCAACCUAUGUUGCUCAAAGUGUACUAUUUAAAAACAUUUGUAUAAAAUAUAUUAACACAACAUUGUGAUGUUUUUAAUGUUGGGUUAUGUUAAGUGACCUUGCACUUGUUGCAAAAAAAACAUUGAAUUAAUCACUAUAAAUACUUUCAAUAUAAUAGAGAUCCUCAAAACAUUUUGGUGAGCCCUUGUGCCAUGUUGCAAGUCAAAAUACACACAUGAGCCCUUGUGCCAUGUUGCAAGUCAAAAUACACACAUGAGCCCUUGUGCCAUGUUGCAAGUCAAAAUACACACAUGAGCCCUUGUGCCAUGUUGCAAGUCAAAAUACACACAUGAGCCCUUGUGCCAUGUUGCAAGUCAAAAUACACACAUGAGCCCUUGUGCCAUGUUGCAAGUCAAAAUACACACAUAAGCCCUGUGCCAUGUUGCAAGUCAAAAUACACACAUGGGCCCUUGUGCCAUGUUG